UGGUGAGCAAACCGACCGCUCGCCUGGUUCCUGUAGCUGCGCGACGACAAUAUCUCUGGUCUCAUUCACUUUUCUGCAUUGUGCACGGUCGCCCAAAAUCGUCCGAAGGGUCUUUUCUUAGCACUUCAGGUUGAGCCACAAGACGAGAACCAGUAUGUCGGCCCACUUGGAGGAGCUUGCCGUGCGCUUCGUCGAACGAGAUGGCCUCUCUUUGGAGGACCAGCAGAAGAUCGCUGCAGAUGCGGCUGACUAUGUCUUGGACCCGGCGAAGCAUGGCUUUCCCCAGGAGCAAACCGUGCUGGCUUUGGUCAAAUCAAUACAUCGCUGGAUCGCCUCCGGGGACGGAGAGCAGCCGUCAGACUUCGCAGAGAGGAACAGGGAGAAACAUGCCAGGGGUCUGAGAUACUUGGCCAUGACUUUGACUGCUCUGCCAAAGGACUUUUUGCAGUCAACCCACAUCAAAAUGCUCUCAAAUUUCUUCAGCUCGAUAUUCCAGCAGCAAGAUCCAGCGGGUCUCUCAGCAGCUGCCGACGCUUUGCUGGUCCUGAUCACAAGAAGCAACUUCCCGCCCUCGUCUGCGGACGACAUACUCACGAGCCUUGGGGACAUGGAACCCGAGAACUACACAAAGCAGCUUGCCAAGACUCGACUGCAGAUUCUUCGGAUUGUCCAAACCCUGCUUCUCAACGACAAAAGCGCACGAGUUCUCCAGAAGCGCUAUGAAGGCGCCACAUUCUUGUUGCGGAUUUUGCCCUUAGCCCAAAAGGAGAGGGAUCCUGUCAACCUGCUAGAGUGGUUCCAGACACUAGAGACAGUCUUGAAGAACAACGAGAUCUCUUCCGAGGUCUCACUUGCCGCCUUCGAAUCGUUCUCCCCAUUCUUUCCCAUCUCCAUCCGCAAGUCCACGGCUGGUGGACCAGAGACCACGGAAGACGAGCUGAAGGAGGCUUUGAGGACUUGUUUUGCGUCAAACGGGCGUCUGGCACAACACACAUUUUCGUUCUUGUUGGAGAAGCUUGACGACGGCGGAAGCCUGACUGCGUCAGCCAAGCUCGAUAUCCUCCGAACGAUCAGGGCAUGCGUGUCCAGCUACGAGCCGGUUGACACCACGCUGGUGCCUUAUGUCACAAAGCUGUGGUCCUCUCUAAAGUACGAAGUCCGAAACGGAGAGGUACCAGAGGCGAUUCAGGAGACGCUAUCCAUUUUUGAGUGUCUCACGGGCCGACUGUCGGAGCUCGAUGACUCCGACGCAGCCCUUGCGGAGUUCCUCUCGCUGGCCUGGAGAGACACUGCCGAUGACCUCGAGAAUCCCACCUACACAGAGCAGGCUGGUUCAAUCCUGGUCAGCGUGGCGGGCGGCAGCGUGCUGGCCUUUUGCCGCACCAACCCCCGUCUGCUCGAGGUUGUAAGACGGAAUAUCGGGCAGCCGAAAUCGUCAACUCAUACCAAAACCCUUCUUGGGCUGCUCAACAAUCUGGUUCGGACCCACCGAAGACUGACAGCCAAGGCGGACACGUGGUCCGAGCAUGACAUGCGCGCUUUCGAUGCUGACGGUUUUGAGAUUCCUGUAGCCGUGGUCGACGACAUAUACUUCAAAGUUUUUCGAGAAAAUGUCACUGAAAAUCCCAGCAAAGAACAAGUCGAAAUCGCCAAGGAAAUUGUCAGUGGCCUUUCUCUGUUAGUUGAGGUGCAACGGCUUCGGUCGGAUUUCACAACGACUGCAGCUUACAAGGAAGACACACUGAGGGAAAUCUGUACAGCUCUGUCGUAUCGGGCCAUCAAUUCUUUUAAUGUCUCGUCAGUAGCCUCAGCAGAUCUAUACACCGUCGAUAUUUCUGCUGUUGUGGCUCUCAAGACCAUCGUCAAGGUGUUCCCAGAGGGUUAUGCCAAGAUCCUUUCCGGCCUAGUGGGUGAGGUUCAAAAGAGGACCUGGAAAGGGACGGGAUCGGAUCGUACCUUCAACGAUUUGCACAGCAUGUGCCAACGCAUAGCUUACAUUGGCUGUGCUGACUUACCUACAUCCGGAAACCCUAUUGCCAACUUCGCGUUGUUUGCGGGCACAUUGCUCAAAAUUCUGAGUGUUCUGUUCAAUGCCGAAGCCAGCAUCAGGUUUUCUUCAGUCGUCGCUGAUGCUCUCGCCACCGGAAUGGUUUACUUUAUCAAGGUCAUCGAAGAAAAGGGCCUUAAACAGAAAGAGACCGUCCUAGACACCCGGAAGAUCGGCGACCUCGAGAGCUUAUUGCACGCCGAGAUACCAGAUUUUCCGAAGUUGCGUUACAAACAGGUCAACCCCUAUGACCCAAUUCCUUCAGCAAAGGCUAUCAAGACCGCCAAACAUUCUGUCUUCGCAAGCUUCCAAGUCGUGGGUGUGUAUGUUGUGUCUGAGCUGUAUCAACACGCCACGUCUCUAUCGCUGCCUGCAGACAGCAGGAUACCGCUGUUACACCUCAGCGAUGCACUUCGUUCAGCGCAGAACAUUGACGAGAACAGCCCGCGUGCAAGUGGAAAUCUUGCUGCGUAUCUCAGCGAGUUGGGACGAGCGGCUUGUCUCGUGCUCCGAGAGCUCAGCGCCACCGCGCAGAUAAGUUUGGACUUAGACAACAGAGUUUUUGGUUGCUUCAACCAUGUGCGCUGGCGGAGCUACGAAAUGCCCCUGGUCAGACUGCACGACAUGGAGCUUUACACACUAUCUCGCGGCAUCGCGGAGGCGAUGCACUUCUCGACAGUGAUGACACUAGCGGAUAUUAAUUUCCUCAACCUUCUCACUGGCAACCUCGAUGACCCCGUAGAAACCAGCCCCCGGGUGGAAGCUAUCCAGGAUUAUGUGGCCUUCCUGCUCGCCAACAAGUUUAAUGAUCGAGCCGGUGGAGGACUCCGCGAAACAUCGGUGCCAAACCAGGCCGUGUGGACCACGGUACUUGAGAGGAUCGAGCAAGGCCUGAAGCAGCCCGAGUCCCUGGAGUUGAAAGAAGUCUGCCGCUUUGCAGCCAUCCUCGCAGGAGCUUAUGCUCGUCGUGAUCUUCCUGCAGCCGCACUCGCCUCGACUGUGAGCCAUGCAGCAGCCAAGUCGGGCACAGGAAUGGGGCCUUACGUUGCGCGCAUCCUGUCGCAGCUCUUCUCCUCACCCAAAAAGGGCCUCCUCGACCCGGCAAAUCACACUAUACAGAAGCCGCUCUACCUACAGUGGGCCUUCCAGCAGCUGGUCCAACCGGUCCUGCGGCUCUCGUACCCGCUGUCACGCGAUGAUACGAGCGUCGUGUACUCCAUCUACGUCCUUCAUGCUGUCAAAAGCCUGAGACUGAGCCACUACGCCGACGACGCCCCGGUCGUCGUCCGCAUAGUCCUUGCUGCCAUGCAGAAGGCUACCAACAGCUACGAUGUCGAGGCUGCCUGCGGGAUAUCCCUCCAUAUUCUUGCAGGUGACCCAGCCUUGUUCAGGCCGCACGUUGCCUCGCUCGUCAAGGCGGCCAAGAGCGUCUACGACCGGUCAUUUCCUGUUCCAGCUGUCCACAACCGGACUUUGACCGUUCAGGAUGACAAGGACUGGCUUGUCGACAAGGACCAGGACACGCAAGGGGGCCGCUUUAGGUAUGCCGGUGACAGAGAGAAGAUCCGCAGGAUGGCGCUGAGGACCCUCGAGGUGCUCCCGGCGCAGCUGGAUGAGAACGACUUGCGGGCGUAUGCCGAUGAGGUGCGUGCACAAUUAUGUGUGGCUCUUGGCGACCGGGUGAGAGAUGUCCGCCGCGCUGCAGAGGCUGCACAGUCCGCUUGGUCCAGGAUCUCGACAUGAGCCCUGUGAGACUGACGUGUCGAUGUCUCCUCCCGGACAUAAUCCACCUGACUCGAUCGGGGCUUCGACCGGGGCUAGCGCGAGCAAGUCAACAUUUUCCAUCACCCUUAGACAGCUCGGGUGCCUCCGUCAGGUACUUCUUCGGCUCGGGCGACAGCCGUCAGACCUCGCUCAGGGGACUUUCAAGAGCGCACAAGCUGCCAUGAGCGACGGGGCUGUCACGAGGGCGCUGUUGCUGGGAAAAUGAACGGAGACUCCCCGACCAGCGACAGUUUAGUCGACACGACCCAAGUCCAACGAAUCGACCACACUGAACUCGUUGCCACAGAAAAGGUGAGGCUGAUAUUGGACAGUGUUUUCAGGCCCUUCAAGCACCCGGAUGCCUUCUAGGGCCUAGAGUCAACUUGGUGGUUUUCUUAAGAUUAUAAGAGUAGAUACCCUGGGCUACACAGAACACCACACACAUCGUUGAGACAAAAAAAUUAAGAAUGGCCGAGAAACAGUGACGAAGACCACACCCCCCCAUGGACGGACAACAGAUCAGAAAUAAAGCAUUGCCGCCAGUGCCAAAGGCCAUCUUUGAAUAUCACUACCCGCAGUAUAUAACGCAUGGGUGAAGGGGAUGGGACAGAGUAACUUGUGUCAAAAUUGGAAACCAUGUGAGCUGCACGUUAUGGUUAUGAUUGCGGUUGGGGCAGAGGUAGUACUUGGCCACAGUGGUGGGUCUCGGUUCACAACAAGAGAAACAGAAUUGAAAGGCUGGGCAUCUGGUUUAAGUAAGUGGAUUGAACAGCCCCGUACUGUGACCUUCUAUUUGUGGACGGCUUGUCAAGUCUCUCCCAUGCUGUUACCAGGCACACGUGGAUUUAUUCUUUUGAGAACCAGCCAAAUAUCUCCAGGCAGCGCCAUGCUCGAAGUUCCUCCGGCUGCGCUACGCUUUCCGCCUCUUGCCUCCCUUCCUGGCGCUCGACCCAGUAGCCUCAGCCGUGUCGUCAGGCGAUGCCCCCGCAGCAGCCAACAUGGCACUCAGCUCCUCCUCUGUGUACUGUGAUGCUGGCUCGCUGGCUGGGACGUUGGCCCUCUUAGGGUCCAGGCUGCCGAUCAUAGGAACGGUGGAGGCAAGCAUGGCCUGGAAAGGAGUCACGACGAAGCGGCCGGCGGCGUCGAACCACUCUGUGAAUGCGCGGGAUAGGUUGAUUGUGGUGGGGCUACCGGUCUUGGGAGUGAUGGUGACGGCCAGGUUAUAGACGGGGAUGUUCUUCUUGGUGUGAGUCGCGAUCGUGAUCUGCUUGUUCCGCGCGGCGCCGGUCAGUCAUUCCUCCCCUGCCUUUUCGGUCAGGAAAACAUGUAUUUACCGUCUCUCCGUUCGGCGCGGUGCCCACGUAUACGAUGCCCUUCUCCUUGAGCCACAUCCACAGGGUCAGGGCUGUAUUCAGCAGCGAGUAAACAGCGACCGCGCCGGCCGUGUAGUACUUUGUGCUUUCGAAGCCAAGCUUGUAGUCCCAGAGGAAACAUGCUGCGGCCACGAGGAAAGCCGAGUACCCCAAGGCCAGUCUCACGUCCGUCAGGGUGUGCGACUGCUUCAGUCCCAGGCUGUUCAGGUAGUUGGGCAGCGCAUCGUCGGAGGUGUUCUUCAAGUCUGCGAGGUUAUAGAGUGUGAUCUUUUCGGCGGAGACAGCCAUAUUGUAUGGAUUGUUCUGCUGUUCGCGGAUGCUGCUGCCGCGGUCUAGCUCCGAGUGUGCGAGCAAGGUUGGAGGCAGUCUAACUUGGAGCAACACACAAGUGGACAGGUGGUGUCGAGCUUUGGGGGUCUUGGUCAGACGGUGAUCUACCGACCUGCUGUGCAAGCUGUGGUACUGAGGUGUCCUUCUCGGGAAGCUCGAACAGGGGUCUGU